AUGAGGUAUCUCAACUUUUCUAUUCUUGCUACGUUUUUUGCCUUGUCCAGUAGUGUCUAUGCCGCUCCACCUGUUCCAGAUAUAACGGUUAGCAUUCCCGAGGAUGAAAACACCCACAAUAGACAAGCGUUUAUCAAUGGAUUGAUGAAUCUGGCAGAUUCAGAAAUGAAACAUAUGGGCAAGCUUAUGAUUGAUGACACAAAAUACGACCCCAAUCUUAUACAACAAUACUAUAUUACUGAUGGUGGUCAUACUUAUGACAAAAGCGACUAUUGGGGACGGGAUGCGCUUGUUCAUGUGUUGCUCGAAUAUAUGCCUGAUUCACCAAACCUGGAUGAGCAGUCUGGAACUCCUGGUACUUCCACUCAACCUGGACUGAUUGGCGGACUUUGGUCAAUGAUAUGGCCUAAAGCAACGACAUCAGAUGCUUCAAGAUCUCUGGAACAAAAAAUUGAUGAUUAUCAUGCACUGGCCAAGUUGCUUUCUAGCAAAUAUCUUUUGUGGAUUAAACAAGUAGCGCUGCAUUUCGAUCAGUUGGAUGUUCGAUCCACUAGCGCUCCAACAUUAAAACUGAUCAAAGAUUUCAAACUGUCUGCUCAAAACCUUGUUAGUGUUUUUGAGAGUGAAGAGGACAAUAUACAGCAUGCUGCCAGAGUACUCAAAAAUGGUUCAAAGCUCGGAUCGCUCAAAUUGAUCAAAAAUAUAAUGGGCAAUCAUCAAAAAUUCGUUAAAAGUAUACUGGAUGACAUUACAAAACUGAUACAUGUGUAUCUGGCCACCGACCACUAUCAUUUGAUUAAACUCAAGCCUAUACUUGUUGACUGGUUCAAACUUCACAAUACAAUGGGUACCAAAGCGGAUGCCUUGAUUCAAGAGAUGGAGUCGACAAGCCGCUAA